CACAAACAGUCUUUGUAAUAAUAACAAUUUAAUAAAGAUCAAAACGUACGGUGAGAAAAAAAAGUUUCCUCUCUUUCUCUCAUUUUUUUUUUAAUUGUUUCGUCUCCUUCGUCAGACAGAUUCACAUUUCAUAACUAACGGUGCUCAGAUCCGAUUCCUCGCUCGCGAGUGUACCAGCUUCUUCUCCUUUUGCACCAUUGAUUCGAUCUGCUUUCCUCUAGAACAUGAAGCGAAUGAUCCUUAUGCAGCUGCUAGUUACAAUGGAUAAGUACUAAAAGGAUAAAUAGAGAGUGACAAAGUGAACAAUGCUUGGUGAUCAAUCUUCAGAGCUUAGCGAGAACAACGGCGAAAGUGAGAGUCCUACUCUGCGGCUUUGCGCAAAUGGAGCCUGUAUGAAAACAACCGAAGUCGAAGCAAAGCUUGAUGAAGGAAACAUCCAAGACGCUGAAUCUUCUUUGAGAGAAGGCUUAUCACUCAACUCCGAGGAAGCAAGAGCACUUCUGGGAAGACUAGAGUACCAAAGAGGCAAUGUAGAAGGCGCGCUUCGCGUCUUUGAAGGUAUUGACCUUCAAGCAGCCAUCCAGCGGCUACAGGUCUCUGCUCCUCCCCCUGAGAAACCGUCUACUAAGAAGAAAGUUCCUCGUGAACAGCCGCAGCAAUCGGCUUCACAGCAUGCUGCUAACUUAGUUCUUGAAGCUAUCUACUUGAAAGCCAAAUCCCUUCAAAAGCUUGGGAGAACAACAGAGGCUGCACAAGAAUGCAAAAGUGUUCUUGAUUCAGUUGAGAAGAUCUUUCAGCAAGGGAUACCAGAUGCUCAAGUAGACACAAGGCUUCAAGAAACCGUCAGCCACGCCGUGGAGCUGCUUCCAGCGCUAUGGAAAGAGUCUGGUGACUACCAAGAAGCGAUAUCAGCUUACAGACGCGCGCUCUUAAGCCAAUGGAGUCUAGAUAACGACUCUUGCGCAAGGGUUCAGAAAGACUUCGCAGUCUUUCUUCUCCACUCAGGAGUCGAAGCGAGUCCACCGAGUCUAGGCUCUCAGGUGGAAGGCUCCUACGUGCCUAGAAACAACUUGGAAGAAGCCAUUCUCCUUCUGAUGAUCCUUCUCAAGAAGUUCAACCAAGGGAAAGCCAAAUGGGACCCGUCUGUGAUCGAACACUUAACCUUUGGAUUAUCUUUAUGUAGCCAAACAUCAGUUCUCGCUAAACAGCUUGAAGAAGUGAUGCCUGGUGUGUUCAGCCGCGUUGAGCGUUGGAACAGUUUAGCUCUUUGUUACAGCGCGGCGGGUCAAACCAGCGCGGCGGUUAACCUUCUCAGAAAGUCUCUCCAUAAGCACGAGCAGCCUGAUGACCUCGUGGCGCUUUUGUUAGCUUCUAAGCUUUGCAGCGAAGAGCCUUCUUUAGCUGGUGAAGGCGCCGGCUACGCGCAGAGAGCUGUGAACAAUGCUCAAGGGAUGGAUGAGCAUUUGAAAGGAGUUGGUUUCAGGAUGUUGGGGCUUUGCCUUGGGAAGCAAGCGAAAGUCCCCACGUCGGAUUUCGAAAGGUCUCGGCUUCAGUCAGAGUCUUUGAAGGCGUUAGAUGGAGCUAUAGCGUUUGAGCAUAACAAUCCUGAUUUGAUAUUUGAGUUAGGUGUUCAGUACGCUGAGCAAAGGAACUUGAAAGCUGCGUCAAGGUACGCUAAAGAGUUUAUAGAUGCAACGGGAGGGUCGGUGUUGAAAGGAUGGAGGUUUUUGGCGCUUGUUUUGUCUGCUCAGCAACGGUUCUCUGAAGCUGAGGUUGUGACUGAUGCUGCGUUGGAUGAAACGGCAAAGUGGGAUCAAGGUCCUUUGUUGAGACUUAAGGCAAAGCUGAAGAUCUCUCAGUCGAAUCCGACAGAAGCUGUUGAGACUUACCGUUACCUUCUAGCUUUGGUUCAAGCGCAGAGGAAGUCCUUCGGACCACUCAGAACUCUUUCUCAGAUGGAAGAAGACAAAGUCAACGAGUUUGAAGUGUGGCAUGGCUUAGCUUAUCUUUACUCAAGCCUUUCACACUGGAACGACGUAGAAGUCUGUCUUAAGAAAGCUGGCGAGCUGAAACAGUACUCUGCUUCAAUGCUGCAUACAGAAGGUCGAAUGUGGGAAGGAAGAAAGGAGUUUAAACCAGCGUUAGCAGCUUUCUUGGACGGUUUAUUACUAGACGAAUCAUCGGUUCCUUGCAAAGUAGCUGUUGGAGCUUUAUUGUCUGAAAGAGGGAAAGAGCAUCAACCAACACUUCCUGUGGCGAGAAGCUUGCUGUCUGAUGCGUUGAGGAUUGAUCCGACUAACAGAAAAGCUUGGUAUUACUUAGGUCUGGUUCAUAAGUACGAUGGACGUAUAGCUGAUGCUACUGAUUGCUUUCAAGCUGCUUCCAUGCUUGAAGAAUCUGAUCCUAUUGAAAGCUUCUCAACCAUUCUUUAAUAUCCCACAAACCCCAUUGUUAUAAAUAUUUUAUAUUUAUAUGCUCAGUUUUGUUUCUUUCAUCUUAUGUAAAAAGAAAAUACAUCUUAAUUUCUUCAAACAUAUAUGAUUUUGAGUUUUGUAAAAUAAUACUUCCUCCA